CGUAGUGCUGACGAGUUGAUUUAAAUGCUCUUGACAGUUCCUCGUUCAGGAUGUGUGCUGAGUUUUUCUCGGUAAGCAACAACGUGUUUGCAUCAGUUCUGUCGCGGCUUCAGAUAGUUUCACACAUUCAUUUACCAAAGGAACGGAAUCUGACCUCAGAAACCAAUGGAUUAUCAAGAGGAGGACAUUUACGAUUUUUUCAAAGAUGCCAAUGACACAAUAACAAAUAACGUUGUAAACAAAGAGGUUCCUUUGUGCAAGAAAAGUGAUGUCAUCCAGUUUGGUGCAGCAUUUCUCCCAGCGUUCUACUACACCAACUUCUUGCUGAGCUUGGUGGGGAAUGGACUGGUGCUGUGCAUCAUCUACAAAUAUGAGAAGCUCUCCACGGUCACCAACAUCUUCUUGCUCAACCUCGUCAUUUCGGACCUGAUCUUCGCCUCCAGCCUUCCAUUUUGGGCAGUCUACCACAAGUCAGAAUGGAUCUUUGGCAGCUGCCUUUGCAAGUUGGUGGGAAGCUGUUAUUCCAUCGGCUUCAACAGCACCAUCCUCUUCCUCACUCUCAUGACUUUUGACCGCUACCUUGCGGUGGUCCACGCCAUCAGUGCAGUCGGGAGGAGGAAGAAAACAUACGCGUUUGCAUCGUCCGCUACCGUUUGGGUGCUCAGUAUAUUGGCUAGUACAAAGGAUAUAGUUCUUUAUGAUGUGAUGGAUGGUUCAAAUGGUAAGCUGUGCGAAGUGACUGGUUACUACCAGACUACCCUCACAAAGUGGGAGCUGAUCGGCUAUUAUCAGCAGUUUCUCCUUUUCUUCCUAGUGCCUCUAGUUAUGGUCCUGUACUGCUAUGCCCACAUAACCAUCAAGAUCAUGUCCACACGCAUGGCGGAGAAGUGCAGGGCAGUCAAACUCAUCUUUAUCAUUGUCUUCACCUUCUUCAUCUGCUGGACGCCUUACAACGUGGUCAUUCUGUUAAAAGCCAUCAAGACGUCCUUUGGAGACCCGAACAAUUGCUCAGAAGCCCUUGACUACGCGCUGUACAUAACGCGUAACUUUGCCUACCUGUACUGCUGCAUCAGCCCUGUCUUUUAUACCUUUUUGGGGAAGAAGUUUCAAAGCCAUUUUCUGAAACUUUUGGCCAAGCGUAUACCAUGGUUGAAGAUUGAUAACUUGCUGUCAGUGCCAAGUAGUAAAACCACAUCAAUCAGGAGCCCAACACUGCUUACUGACCAACUGCGUGACUAACAAUUUUGUGUUUGGAAAUUUGUUGUUAAGAGGACACAAAUUGGAGCACCAAGAGAAAGAGGAAAAACAAAGAAUCCAAGAUGAAAUGUUUGACCAAUGUAUGUUGUUUGACCAUAAAAAAAAAAAAAAUUCUCAUUUAAUGCAUAUUAAUUAAUAGUGUUUCUGAAGAGCUCCAUCAAUUUUACCAAAUGAAGAAAAAGUAUUGAUAAAAAACAAAUUGAAAAAUAUUUUACACGUUCAUUUGAUGUGCAUAUGUAAAUAUUCUUUCAUAAACAUCCUUUUGAUGACAUCAGAAAAAAAAAUUAUACAAUUAUUUUCUCGUUUAAUGUAUAUUAAUGAAUAGUAUAUGUCUAAUGGGCUCCAUCAAUUUUACCUAACUGAGAAAAGGCAUUUAAUAGUUAUUAUUGUUAAAAAUAAUUACCAUAUUUUACUGUCCGUUUGAUGUACAUGUAAAUAUUCCUUCACAAAUAUCGCUUUGAUGAUAUCAAAACCAAAAAAAUAAGAAAAAAGAAAAAAACUUCUAUGAAAGAGUAUCAUUGCAACAUAAUGUUCAUUGUGUAACCUAGACCUAAUCUAUGGGUUCUUUAGCAACAUAUAGCUAUCAAAUCUCUACGCUCUUAUAUUUUAUUCUGUAAGGAGUAAUAUUACUUUGUGUAACAUAUAUUGUUGUAAAGAGUUGCAAAUUAAUGAUUUUAUAUUGCUGUUAAUUGCUGGUGUAGCCCAUGCUGAGAAUUAAAAUAUUAGUAACAGGAAUCUUCCUGAUAUUAUCUUUUCAGUGUAUCUAGUGACCUGUUCUUUGAACAAUAUAAAGGUCUCAGAAAUGAGUAAGCUUCCUGUCUUGUCAACAUCUAAAUAUAUCCUGUUCAUGAGAUGGUUAUGAUGAUCACAUCUUCAUUUUGAGCAUGACCUCAGUCUCUACAUUGUGUGUGUUUGUUUUGGAUCUCAUUUUAAUAUAAGACAAUAAAUGAUUCUAAAUAAUCUA